AUGUCUGACGCGGUAGUAUCAGGUCAAGAGGUGUUGACUGCCGCCAUGCGCAAGAAGGCGCCGCAGCGUGCGUGGGUGGACGAUGACGAUGUGGCAGUGGAGCAGGAAACGCCGGCGUUCUUCAAGGACAGUCAUGCUAAGCCAGCGUGGUCGUUUAGCGACACCGCGCGCACAGACGAGGACAAGGCCGACGCCGACGAAGGCACAACUCCACCUUGCCGGCGGGCCUCCGAGGCGCUGUCUCACAAGCGCUUCCGCAACGACGACCUUGAUGCGUUGUUGUCACGCAAGGAGCCGCUCCUAUCAUCCCAGCACGAUCCCGCUUGCAGCGCUGUACCGAAGGUUCUCUCGGUGCUCCCCCUCCCUCGUGACUCAGCACGCACGAUUCACUGGCAUCGAAACGGGCAGCUAGCGGUCGUUGGCGGCAACCACCACAUCUACACCUUCCAUGCCGCCGGCGGGUUUGUGGAGCAGCUCUCUAAAGUGGACAUGAAGAAGCGAGUGGAAACCACGGCGCUCUCCGAAAACGGCGAGGAGGUGCUCAUUGCGGCACAUGAAGCGUACGUACCGCAGCUGCUGCACAUUGCGACAGAACAGCUGAUACCACUGACAUUUCUGGACACCCGCAAUACUGCCGUGCAUCGCAACGGGCGCCGUGACAACACGCGAAAUGAGUUCUUCAUCUCAAAGCUGGUAUGCAGGCCGAAAGACCCCGUGAGUCGCGGUGUGGCGAUUGCGCGCGGUUCGUCGGUGACACUCGCCUCGCUCUCCACCGGUAGCGUUCUUAGCCAGAUCACGCUUGACUCAGCCGUGAUAGAUGUUACAUUUCUCUCCUCGGUUGAACUCGCCAUCGCAGCGAAGAACAAGGUUCUACUGUAUGACGUACGCAAGCUUAGCCGCUUCACCCGCGAGCUGACCAACAACGCGACACACGAUAUCACAACGUGCGGCUUCUCACCCUCCGGGUCAGGUGGGGGGCGGGCACGCGUCAUGGCGAUCGGUUCUGGAAGCGGUGUGGUGAGCGUCUUCGACAGUACAGUACUGCGCUCUGCCCCAUCGACUGCGGCCUCGGCGACGGCAGGAACACCACCGAAGCUACUCCGCGAGCUGAAGCAGCUUGUGACGCCGAUCUCAUCUCUGUCCUUCGGCGAAGACAGCCAGGGGAACUCGGUCCUGGCCUUCGCAACACGUGGGCAGAAAGGCGGCUUCCGUCUCGCACGGCUGCCUGACCUGAAUGUGGUGCCGUCCUUUCCGGCUGUAUCGACGCGGCACGGCUUCGUGCAGAGCAUGGCCAUUGCUCCGACAGUGCCAAUCCUCUCUGUCGGUGAGCGUCAGAAGGUAACCAACUACGCGCUGUAG